AUACCUUCUCGGCGGAAGAGGGGACAACUGUAAACCAGCCCUUAUCCUGCUAGUCUCCCCCUUCACUCCGUCAUCGACGACUGCCAUGACCGGGUUCGCCGGCCUCAAGCUGGCCUUCUGCCCCAAUACCUCUGUCGCCUCUUUCAGCUCCCCGUCCCUUCCAUUUUCAUCUCCCAAUUUACAUCCCAAUGUGGUCUCCUUUCGCUUCAAGUUCCCUAGACUAUGCGCGAUUUCCAGCAACGAUAUUGAAAUCGGCCGCAACAUUGAAGUGGACGGAUGUCCUUGGAGGGUUAUGGAGUUUCUACAUGUGAAACCUGGCAAAGGAGCUGCAUUUGUGAGAACCACAUUGCGAAACUAUGUCACGGGAAACACAGUCGAGAAAACAUUUCGAGCUGGAUGUAAGGUGGAAGAAGCAGAUAUUUUCAAGGAAACGAAACAAUUCACUUAUAAAGAUGGUUCACAGUUUGUGUUCAUGGACAUGAGUACGUACGAUGAGUUUCGCCUCAAUGAGUCAGAUGUUGGGGAUAAAACAAAGUUUCUUAAGGAGGGCAUGCAAUGCAAUUUACUCUUUUGGAAAGAAAAAGUAAUUGACUUUGAACUCCCAAUCACAGUGAAGUUAACAGUGGUUGAUGUUAAUCCUGGUCUUAAAGGAGACACUGUACAAGGUGGAACGAAACCUGCUACCCUUGAGACCGGUGCCAUUGUUAAUGUUCCGUUGUUCAUAGAAAGAGGACAGGAGAUUUUGGUGGACACUAGAACCGGGCAAUACAUGAGUCGAGCAUAGUAGGUUUCCCUGUCACACAUAAUUGCCCAAUAUGGUUUUUUCUUCCUUUGAAAUGCCAUUUUAAAUGGAUGUUUGCGAAUUUGUGUCAUUGCUCAAUGAGUUUGAUAUAAGAGGCUUAUAUAUUUGCAGACAUUGUGAAACUAGUACAUACAAGCAUCUUGAAGGAGACAAAAAGAUAUGCACAUUUGCCGUUUUAACCCUUCUGUUUGGUGCCCAUUGGUUGUCAAAAAUUGAAUUCGAGUUUCCCCCUUUAGGGACCAUUGCUCAACCAAGCAACGCCACCGGUAGAAGAUGAAAAACUAAAGGAAGAUGCAAGGUGCCAAGUGAAGUAGGAG